AUGGGCACUCCAAGACACUCUACUGAGCUUUGUUAGAGGUUGAUGUAGUCGGGAACCACGCAACGUUGGCCUACGCUUUCGGAAUCGACAACCUCAUUGAAGUCACGAUCGGGCCAGUACGUGUUCAGUUCGUGUCGCAGAGCCAAAGAGCAGUACAUAUUCCCGCAAGCCAAUGGGGAUAGGUCGUGCGCAUUUGCGUCUUGGACACCCGUGAAUGGUUGGCCUUGCCGGGUAUCUAGUCCGAACUCAAUCUUGGGACCACGUAAGUGAUAGCUGUCACACCAACUCGAUGACCUGCUCACUUCUCAGCGUUCCUUGCCCAACACAAUGUGCCACUUCGACUUAUUCCUCACCACAUCUACAGUCUUAUCAUGUCGAGAUCCUUCAAAUAGAGAUUAUCCUUUUUAAUAAUCUAAUAAUCAUCGUAGUGCCAUGGGAAAACAAACGUCGUAACCUUUUGAUCGCCACCAACAUUUGCUCAGUGAUAGUCGCGCUUAACGACACAAGGGUUUAUACUGCCCUUAAAUGGUAUCUUUCGUUAGUCACGUUUGGCCUUCCAUAUCGUCAUUAUUAA